CUUCCAAACACUAUGGAGACAGACCAAAGCCAUCCUACCAGUGAAACCCUUGCCUUGUGGGUGGUUGUGCUCCAGUUCCCUGGCUCACAGUUACCACCUCCUCCUCACAGCACUCAUUUCUGCCCACAGACCAACCCAGCUGGCCCCAUGGCAGGUGAGAACCAGACUCACAUAACGGAGUUCAUGCUCCUGGGCUUUUCCCACGGCCAGCCCUUCCUCUUUGCUCUUUUCCUGGCCAUUUACCUGGCCACACUGCUGGGGAACUCUGCAAUACUCGCCCUCGUGUCCCUGGAUCCCCAUCUCCACAGCCCCAUGUACUUCUUCCUCAGUCACCUGUCCUGCUUGGACAUUUGCUACUCAUCAGUGACAGUGCCCAAGAUCCUGGCAAAUACCCUGCGCCCACAGCCGACCAUAUCCUACCAUGGGUGCCUGGCACAGAUGUUCUUCCUGAUGGGGUGCGCAGGAGCUGAAUGCGCACUCCUGGCUGUCAUGGCCUAUGACCGCUAUGCAGCCAUAUGCCAGCCCCUGCACUAUGUCCAUGCCAUGAGCCGAGGUGUCUGUGUGGCAGCAGCCAUCAGCUGCUGGCUCUGGGGGAUGCUGGACUCAGCCGUGCACACACUCCUGGCCUCCAGGCUCUCCUUCUGCGGGGCUGCCCAGAUCCAGCACAUCUUCUGUGAUGUCCCUCCACUUCUGAGGGCUGCAUGCAGCAACACCCACCCUAGUGAAGUGGCACUCCACACUGCCAGCGUCUUUGUGGGCCUCAGUCCCUUCCUGUUUAUCAUCGUCUCCUACCUCCGCAUCCUGACCACCGUCCUUGGGAUGUCCAUGGCCACCAGCUGGCACAAGGCCUUCUCCACGUGCUCUGCCCACCUGCUCGUGGUUGCCCUGUAUUUUGUGACAGCCAACCUGAACUACAACCGACCCAGCUCUGGCUACUCCCUGGCAGCUGACACGCUGGUCUCUGCACUGUACAGCAUUGUCACUCCCAUGCUGAACCCCCUCAUCUACAGCCUCCGCAACCAGGAGGUGCGGGGGGCCCUGCGGAAGGCUGUGCGGGGACAGGGCAGGCCAGGGUCCACAGGCAGCAAUGCAUGAGCAAUACCAGGGCUUCAACAGAGUGCUGAUGUGGCACUGGUGCAGCAUCAUCCAUCUGUGAGAAAUCUUUGAUGGCAGCAGUGGGCUCAGAGCCCUCUGCCCAGGUAGUGGC